AUGAAGGCUUACAUCCUCAGUGGUUUAACUGCUCGAUUACCAUCUGACCAAGUCCAAAAUACUGACUUGGCACAGUACUCGCAUCUCACGCUCGCAGAUCCAGAGUUUGGAACCCCAGGUCCAACGGAUGUCAUCCUUGGAGCUGAUUACUACGGCCAGGUCAUCACUGGCGAGAUCAUCAAGUGCAAAUCUCCCGGAUUACUCGCUCAAAACACCAUCUUUGGCUGGAUUAUCAUUGGUCCAGUCCAAGCUCGGCUCAACAAACCACUGAGAAUUCAUCAUGCUGUCUCCAAUCAUCAUGAUCAAGAUCUUCAAGACUUACUAACUCGAUUCUGGCUCCAAGAAGAGGUCAGUCCAACUCAACUACGCUCAUUAACUCCCGAAGAAGAGGCUUGUGAAGCUCACUUCCGGGACACUCACACUCGAGACAGUUCUGGCAGAUACAUUGUCAGACUGCCAUUAGUAUCAGACCCGCAACAACUGGGGAACUCAUACACAGCAGCCCGUCGCUGCUUACAACAUCUCAUGCGACGGCUUGAUCAUGAUGCUCGGCUCAAAACACUCUACAUGAAUUUCAUGGCAGAAUAUCUCGAACUCAAGCACAUGGUGCCUGCGGCAUCAUCUACAUCAUCAAUUCAAUACUUUCUACCCCACCAUGGGGUACUGAAGGAAGACAACAACACCUUCAAGAUCCAUGUGGUCUUCAACGGCUCAAAACCAACCAGUUCAGGACUCUCACUCAACGACAUCAUGCAUACCGGGCCAAAAUUACUCGUUAACAUCUUCGACGUACUCAUCAGCUCACGACAACACCAGUUGAUCUUUAUCACAGAUGUCACCAAAAUGUAUCGACAAAUUCUGGUUCACGAAAAGGACCAGGGUCUGCAACAAAUACUCUGGUUUGAUGAGGAAGGAAACAUCACUCCCUUCAAACUCACUACAGUUACUUAUGGGACGAAAUCAGCUCCAUUCCUUGCUGUUCGAGCCCUGCUCCAAUUGUUCGAAGAUGAAGGACAUAGAUUCCCACUCGCAAUCGAUCCACUCACUAAAGGUCGGUAUGUCGACGACAUUUCCGGAGGCGCAGAUGAUCUCGAGUCAUUGCAAGCAGUUGCAGAUGAUAUCGAGGGUCUGUGCAUGGCGGGCGGUUUCCCACUCGCCAAAUGGGCAAACAAUCAUCGCAAAUUACUUCAGCUCAAUCGUGCGGAAGCGAUUACACAAUAUAAAAUAGAGGAUCCAGAAGUCAGCACCAAAAUUCUUGGGAUGUACUGGUCUUCAAACAAGGAUCAAUUCUCAUCCAAACACUCGCCACCAUCUUCAACUCAACCGUGCACAAAGCGUGCAAUUCUAUCAGAGAUUGCUCAGAUCUUUGAUCCACUGGGAUUCCUAUCACCACUCAUAAUUCAAGCCAAAAUGUUCAUGCAGGAACUUUGGCUUGUCAAACUCGGCUGGGACACUCCAUUGUCUGCAGAAUUACGACAGAAAUGGACUUCAUUCAAAACUCAACUCGACAUGAUUCAUAUCAUCAAGAUUCCCAGAUGGAUCCACUCGUCCACGAACUCGGCUCUAGAAAUUCAUGGAUUCUCCGAUGCCUCGCAAUUGGCGAUGGCUGCGGCAGUCUUUAUCAAGGUCCUACCAACAACUCAAACUCAGAGGGCAAAGGUUACGCUGCUUUGCUCUAAAACCAAGGUGGCACCGUUGAAACCCCUAACGAUUCCACGCUUGGAACUCACUGCGGCUCACAUGUUGGCAAAACUCGUCAAACACUGCCAGACCACACUCAACUACUCGCAUGUGCCAACAUAUCUUUAG